GCACACAUUUACGACGCUAUCCAACGACCGAGUGAGACCUCAUUCUUUGCCUCGACUUUCAAGUUCUAUCUUUGUGCCGCAUGGCGCUGUGUGCGCGAUAUGUUGUUGCGGUUGCAGCCGCUUUCAGCAGGAGGAAACAUAUUUUUAUGGCUGUCUAAAGGUUAGGACCAGCUGAUUUCUAUCCAGUCGUCACACAGUUGAGUUUAUUCUCACACCAAACAGGGUCCAGCAUGAGGAAGAAGCUGCUGGUGGACGUAGACUGCGGCGUGGAUGACGCCCAGGCUAUCAUGUUGGCCUUGGCCGCCCCCAACGUAGACCUUCUGGGGGUGACCUGCGUGCAUGGCAACACCACGGUGGAGAACGUGUGCAGGAACACGCUGCGUGUCCUGCAAGCUUGUGAAAGACUUGAUAUUCCAGUGUUUAAAGGUGCAGCUAAGCCCCUCCUUGGCAACACAAUAGACGCGGGACACUUCCAUGGCCAGGACGGGCUGGGAGAUGCCCCCGACCCAAACGCUCCAGGUCUGGACCUGGUGCAAGAGGAAUGUGCCGUUUCAGCUCUGAUCAGGAUUGUCAAAGAGAACCCAGGAGAGGUAUCUCUGGUUGCCACGGCGCCCCUCACCAACCUGGCUCUGGCUGUGAGAAUGGACCCGUCUUUACCUGGCAAGCUGCGAGGGCUCUACAUCAUGGGAGGCAACACGGAAUCUCGAGGGAACACCACCGUGUGCGGCGAGUUCAACUUUGCAGCGGAUCCAGAGGCGGCGCACAUCGUACUGAAUGACUACCAGUGUGCAACCUACUUGGCAUGCUGGGAGUUUACUUGCUACUGCAAGCUCUCUUGGGAGUUCUGUGACGCAUGGUUAGCGCAAGACACGCGCAAAGCUCACUUCAUGGCGCAGAUCUUCCGCCACAGCAUCGAGGCGUCACAGAGUGAGCGCUCCCAAAAGGAGUUUGUGGCCGGCACGGGCUUCGUCUCCUGCGACUCGUACGCGAUGGCCGCCGCCGUGGACGACAAGUUUGUCACAGAGAACGACUGCUACCCAGUUAGCGUUGAGCUGACAGGCACGCACACAAGAGGCAUGAUGGUGGUGGAUACCUUAGGCUUGUUAAAGAAGACUCACAAGGCUGUCAUCAUGAAGAAAGUGGAUAUGGAGAAGUUUGAGGCGAUGAUGAUGGCGGCGUUGAAAUAGUUCUUAAUGUUAUGAUUGAGUUCACCUACAUCCUUUCUUACGUCACCCUUAAUCCAUACCUUUAGAAAAUGUUAUUAUCAAUUACAAUGAAAAUACCUCAACUUUAUUAUCAGUGUGAGUUGAAAAAAGUAAUGUUUGUUUUCCUUUUCAAUACUUGCAUUUCAAUUUUUUUU